AUGAGAUAUGCUCUUGCUCAUAUGAUUGCAAGGGGUGUGAUAUUGGGCGCUGACCAACUUGUCAUCGUCCACGUACAAGAUAUUCUUCCUGCUACAGAGGCACUCGUUGCAACAACUGAUGUUGUUGAAGCAUGCACUGGAGUUAACAUUGCAGUGAUGGUUGGUGGCUUUCCCAAGAAAGAAGGCGGGCACAUGACAGAUGUGAUGUCAAAGAAUGUCUCCAUCUACAACUCUCAGGCUUCAGCUCAUGAGAAGCAUGAUGCUGCCAACUACAAGAUUGUUGACGAAAUUGGAUACAAAGAGCAACAAAACAUAUCAUUUCCCUAUCAAGGAUAA